CGUUCUGCUAGAUGGUCUGUGUUAUAACGGGAAAGUAGAGAAAGCUCUGAUGAUAUUUGAGUACAUGCAGAAGAGAGAAAUGGAUGUCAGUAUUGUUACUGUGAGAGCAUUUACAACCAAGAGACGAAGCUAAAGACGGUGAUGACGUGUUCUCAUCACCUUGCACGUGACUCACAUGAGAUGUAAUUCACAAUCUCUUGUUUUAAGACUUCUCCUUCAGCUAGCAUGUUUACUAUACUUAGCUUAAGUCUCGUGACUUCUUUCUUCUUGUUGAUUGCGUUCUUCUUCAGUUCACUUGCAAAGAGUCUUCAUGUUGAAUCAAUCUCCAACAGUUACGUAUACUAUUGUGAUUCGGGGGAUGUGUAAGGUUGGUAAGGUGGAAGAUGAUUUUGAUUUGUUUUGUAGCCUUUUCUCCAAGGGAAUGAAGCCUAAUGUUGUAACGCACACUACAAUGAUAACGGGAUUUUGUAGGCGGGGACUAAUCCAUGAAGCUGAUGCGUUGUUUAGAAAAAUGAAAGAAGAUGGGUUCUUACCAAAUGAGCGUGUGUCUUAAGUAGGUGAACUCAUGAGGAGUUAGAGAUACCAUGAUGCUUUUGAUCUCAAGCAGUUUCGGGGGAGGACACACAGGUUAUAGUAUAUUACAGGUUAGAAACUCAUUGCUUCAGGAUAAUGUAUGUUGUAUUGGAUAUAAUUAAUAAUAGUUGUGGAUUGUAGCUUUGCAGGUGCAGUUUAGAUUUGCCAUACCUCGACAGCUACAUGAGUUCUGUAAUGAUUCAUGGUACAAGGAGAUGGCAUCUUGACAGUUUUUUUUCCGUUAAAGACUGAAGUGGAAUAGUAUUUCUCUAGAAAUAUAAUCAAUGUAUAGAUAGACGAGAAGGUAUGUGUGUAGGACAUGUAAAGAUUGGUCAAGAAGCUUGUUGAGCUUUGUGUCUUGUGAAUCUCUACUUGUGUAAGAGGAUUUGGAUUUUGUGAAAGAAAUCCUUUUUGGACUUUACUAAAUGUAAACUACUACAUCAAGAGGGGAUACAAUAAACGGAAUUAUCCGAUUUAAACCAAACAAAACCCGGUUCAAUCCCAGUUUCCUUAUAAUUUGGACUUGAAAAUGCUAAGAAAUCCAUAAUUUAGUUAUAUAUAUUUUUUUAAAGGUAUAUUUUUGGUGAAGAUAAGAAUACAGUAAUUUGGUCAAGCAGAAGGUGAUAUUUAUUUGAAUUUUGACAAAUGAGAGUAUUUUUGUAGCAUUUUUCCCUUGAAUUUGAGUAUAUCUUAAAUUAAAUAUUGAGGGAACAAAAGGAAAAAGAAAUUUAAAAACCACCGAUAGUACUCUAAAAACCACCUUCACCUGUUCUCUCAUUGGCCGUCAGAAUCAUGAACUCCAACGAGCAUAACCCGAUGGAGCACUGGCCCGGGGAAACCAUCUCUGAUGCUCCAACCUACGCCACCAACGGCAAAAUCACGCUCCUCACCAUUGAAAUCCUCUUCUCCGUACUCAUCUUUAUGACCUUCUCCUACCUCUACGAUCAAUGGUACGCCACCCGCUCUAGGAGCCACCGCCCUACAAUGUUUUUCUUCGCCGCCACCGAUCCUUCUCAUACCGUUUCACGCGGUCUAGAUCCCGACGUCUUGAAAUCUCUCCCCGUUUUCACUUUCUCCGACGCCGCGACUCACGAGGAUCCGAUUGAAUGCGCCGUUUGUCUCUCCGAGUUCGAGGAGGGCGAGUCAGGUCGGGUUUUGCCCGGGUGUAAACACGCGUUUCAUGUUGAGUGUAUUGAUAUGUGGUUUCACUCUCAUUCAACUUGUCCUCUCUGCCGCUCUCUCGUCGUCGAGGAGCCUCACGCAACAACGAUGACGGUGGAGGAGCAAGUCACGAUCAUGAUCGCGAUUUCUCGUGAACCGCGAUCUGGAUCUUCUGCGAUGCCGCCUUUGGAUGAUUUAGGGAGAGAACCAGCGGCGGUUGAGACCACUAGGAGAAGUUUCAGCGAGUUCGAAGACGGUUUGACAAGGAAUCACUCGCCGAUGAAUCGGAUGUUAUCGUUUACUCAGAUGUUGAGCAGAAAAGGAAGAAGCGCCCCGUCUUCUUUUGCUGGAGCUCCUUCGUCAAGCUGCCAGGUAGUGAUGAACGAGUCGGAUAUUGAGCGGGGAGAAAGAUUUUAAACGUGAUUUCCGCCACGUGGAUGUUCCUUAGUGGUCUU